GCAAUGUAUCUGCCCAACUGCCCUAAUUAUGUAUGGAGUACGUAGCCUAGGAAUAGGGCUCUGGGACACCAAACUGGACAACGGGCCAUUGAGUUCCAUCCUUCCACAUGCACUGCAGCGUAGAUACAUAGGUACAUUCUGACGUAUCGUGGUACGGAGGAGUCACCAGUCUGCUCCACAACGGUUGACUCAAUCCUGCAACAUAACCCUCCCAUUUUUCUGGCCAUUGGCUCCACUACACUCACUCACUUGCCAACAUCAUACUACAGGACGACACUGCUAACAGUACGGAGUACGCCUCUCAGCCAAGGUUGGCAAACUUACGCACGCUCCAGUUACAACCCUCGGCACCUACCUAGGUACUUAUUCGACGUCGUCCCAGUCUCUAUCAUGAAAGACACGGUCAAGAAUGACAGUCCCAGUGGUUGGGUCGUGCAGAAGUUCGGUGGCACAAGCAUUGGGAAGUUCCCAGACAAGAUAGCAGAGGAUAUCAUCAGGGCCUCCCUGCCCAACAACAAAAUCGCCGUGGUCUGCUCAGCGCGAAGCUCAGGGAAAAAGGUCACCGGCACCACCAGUCGACUACUUGAGGUCUACAAGAGGCUCAGGCAUAUUGAUGCCGCCGUCGGCAUAGAGGACACGCAGACAGAGCUGCUGGGGGAGGCCAAGAGCGUCAUCCAAGACAUCUGCGAUGAUCAUCUGUUUGCCGCCGAGGCCGUCCUCAAUACGCCCGAUCUCAAGGAGGCCCUGAAGGAAGACAUCAAAAAUGAGUGCCAAGAGCUCAUUGAGUACAUACACGCCUCGAAGCGGUUCAAACUGGAGGUCAACUCAAGAUCCAAGGACCGGGUCGUGAGCUUUGGCGAGCGUCUGAGCUGCAGGUUUAUGGCAUAUGUGCUAAAGGACCGGGGUGUGGCGGCUGAGUAUGUGGACCUGGCAGACGUGCUUCACAACGACAGCGCGACACGCCUGGACGCCGCUUUCUACCGAGACGCCGCGGCCGCAUUCCGGAGCAAGAUCGAGGCUUGUGAGGACCGGGUGCCUGUCAUCACUGGCUUCUUCGGCAACGUCCCGGGAAGUCUUAUGGACGGCGAUGUCGGGCGUGGAUACACAGAUCUCUGCGCGGCCCUGGUGGCAGUGGGGAUGAAGGCGGACGAGCUCCAGGUGUGGAAGGAGGUGGACGGCAUCUUCACGGCCGACCCCACCAAGGUGCCCACGGCCAGGCUCCUGUCGUCCAUCACGCCGUCCGAGGCGGCAGAGCUGACCUUCUACGGGUCCGAGGUCAUCCACCACCUCACCAUGGACCAGGUGAUCAAGGCGGACCCGCCGAUCCCGGUGCGCAUCAAGAACGUCAAGAACCCGCGCGGGCAGGGCACCAUCGUCGUCCCGGACCGGGUGCUGGCGCCGGGCACGCAGCUGAAGAGGUCGCGGCCGUCGCAGCUGCACCUGCUGCGGCAGACGCCCAAGCGGCCCACGGCCGUGACCAUCAAGGACAAGAUCUCGGUCAUCAACGUGCACUCCAACAAGCGGUCGAUCGCGCACGGCUUCUUCGCGCGCGUCUUCUCCAUCCUCAACAGCUACAAGAUCUCGGUCGACCUCAUCUCCACCAGCGAGGUGCACGUCUCCAUGGCCGUGCACCUGCCCGACCCCGGCGACGCCAUGUUCGACCGGGCCAGGCAGGAGCUCGAGGACUGCGGCGACGUGAGCGUCCUGCACGACAUGGCCAUCCUGAGCCUGGUCGGCGCCGACAUGAAGAACAUGAUUGGCGUUGCUGGCAAGAUGUUUACGACGUUGGGGGAGCACAGGAUCAAUAUUGAGAUGAUCUCACAAGGAGCGAGUGAGAUUAAUAUUUCGUGCGUCAUUGACGCUAAGGACGCCAACAGAGCAAUGAACGUACUCCAUACAAGUCUAUUUACGUUCCUGGACUAAACUACCAAGUAGUUUAAAUAGGCUCAUAUAGCGAGAAGAGAGAAUAAAAAUAGACUUCCUCAUCA